UUGGUAUGUCGCAAAAGAAAGGACGGAAAGGUUUUAAAUGUUGACGUUGUCGCAUUUUACAGGUACCUGGUGGACGCCCGCUGGUUUGACCAACUGAGGAGAUGUUACGAAAGCUCAUCUGCCUCUUCACACUGUGCAGAUCAGUGUGUAGCCGCCAACGUUGGACCGAUCGACAACUCGGCCCUGAUCGAGAAGGAUCCAUAUGAUGAACGCCGGGUACGUCUCAAAAGAGGCUUGGUGGAGAAGAACGAUUUCGUCCUUGUUCCCGCUGAGUCUUUAUCAUGGUCGUCGUUAAACAUUGCAGAAGAUUUGGAGGCCAAAAUUGCAAAGCUCUUUAAACUGGACAGCUCUACCCAUUGGCGGUUAUUUCAAAAGGUCGACACUAAUCGAUACGAGCUUCUUCUUCCGGUCGCUAAAAGACCGUCAGAUCUCGAACAGCUUAGCAUCGUUCCUGAAAAGCCACUGGUCAUCGAUGUACAGACCUCCGGCAAAUGGCAUUUAAACGGGAAACAACCUCAAUCUCAAGGAAUGAAAUGUACCGAUGACGAAGUUAAUGAAAAUUCAAGUGCGGUUGACAGCUGUACCGAUGACCUUGCCGAUUAUGAUGAAGCUGUGCCGUCGAAGUCGAUUUUUUUUGGACCGUCCAAUCCGUCCAUCAACCCGCCUCCUUCGUCGCUAUCCGUGUAUGGUGCUCGCGGCACUUCGGUCGUUCCAGGUCUCUGUGGUCUGACGAACAUGGGCAAUACAUGCUUCAUGAACUCGGCACUGCAGUGUUUGAGCAACAUUCCGCCGUUGACCGAGUAUUUCUUGUCUGGUCGUUAUGAGGCGGAAAUUAACGAAAAGAAUCCUUUGGGGAUGCAUGGGGAAUUAGCGAAAGCAUACGCCAAUCUGCUGCAGCAGAUUUGGAGCGGCAACGAGACGUCAUUUUUUCCUCGACGAUUUAAGUCGACCGUCGGAAGGUACCAACCGAUGUUCAGUGGAUAUCAGCAGCAGGACUCUCACGAACUGAUGGCGUUUCUGCUCGAUGGACUGCACGAGGAACUGAAUCGUGUCAAGAACAAGCCCUAUAUGGAAACGAAAGAUUCGGACAGCAAGUCAGAUGAGGUGCUAGCUGCCGAAUCAUGGCGAAUUUACAAAAUGCGCAACGAUAGCAUCUCGACAUUGGUGUGUCCCGAAUGUGAUAAAGUGUCAGUGACGUUCGACCCAUUCGGUUAUCUAUCAUUGCCGCUGCCGGAAAAGUUCGACCGGACUCUUUGCGUCGUAUUUGUACCCCUUGACUAUCGCCGACCUAUAAAU